AUGAGCAGCGAGGUGGGGGAAAUGAACGCCGUCCUGGACGGUCCUCUGAGUCCCACACACUUGACCGGGUUGGGGAUGACCUGCCACCUUAACCAGAAGUACAAACACCACAGCCCUGGCCUGACCAGUCCUCAGGAGUACAGCCAGUGGCUGCCCUGCCGCCAUGAUGCCAGCCUGCUGCCCAUGAAGGAAGACCUGGCAUUAUGGCUCAACACCAUUAUGGAUGCGGGCCUGACAGCAGAUGAUCUGAUGGAGAGGUUGGAUAACGGCGUUCUCCUCUGUCAGCUGGCACAGCAGCUCCAGGAGAAGAUGAUCCAUGCCAGCAACGGCAAGCCCUUCAUUCGCAGAGUGAUCCACUGGCGAGCUGACGCUGCCUCUGGGUCAUUUUUCGCCCGGGACAACGCCGCCAAUUUCCUGCACUGGUGUCGAAAUAUCGGGGUUGAUGACAUCUAUCUGUUCGAGUCAGAAGGCUUGGUCCUCCACAAGCAGCCUCGGGAGGUGUGUCUCUGCCUGAUGGCGUUGGGGAGGAUUGUAGCCAGAUAUGGAAUCGAGCCCCCGGGACUCGUGAAGCUGGAGAGAGAGAUCGAGAGAGAGGAGGCGGGUUCCCUUUCCCCGUCACCCCUUCUGCCCUUCUCUUUCUUUUUGCCUCCAUUGCUGUGCGCAUCAUCGGGAUCAUCUCUGUCCUUGGUACCUUCUCCUCCUCCUUCACCGGUGCCCCGUACUCUGACGCCACCGUGCCCCUCAGAUUCUCCCACCCCUGCCAACGCCUCGGAGGUCACCCCCGCCACGAGUGCCCCGACUACCCCAAUGACGAUGUGCUCGUCUUCUACGCAAACCUUCUGUUCGCUCUCUGGCAUAAGUACAACCACAGCCUCAACCCAGACGCCGCUCCUGCACCUGACCGCCGAUGCUGACGUCCCUGCUUCAGCUCCGGCCCCCGAGCCAUCACCGACUACACAGUCUACUCCACCUCCAUCUUCCCCCUCAUCCGUAGUCCCUGUCUGUCACCCUGCCAAGUCUGCAGGCCGGAAGAGUGCAGUCACAGACAACCUCUUGGAUGAUAUUGUGAGGAGCAUGAUUGAGGAUCCACCCUGCAGCUGUCCCACCAGGUUUUUGGUUGAGAAGCAGCCCAAAGGACGCUACCGUGUGGGAGAGAAGGUGCUGUAUAUCCGGAUGCUGAAUGACCAUCACGUGAUGGUGCGCGUCGGCGGCGGCUGGGAGACCUUCGUAGGCUACCUGCAAAAGCACGACCCCUGCAGAGGAGGACCACUGGGCCGCCUGGAGGCCAGGCUCUGCCGGACGAGGGCCAAGACGGCCAACGCGAAGGAGAUCUCCCCCGACAGCUACAUGGUGGUUGGUGCCCAUUACCGUGGCAAGAAGUAG